AUGUUCCGUCGCCGCUGGUCUGCACUGCCCGAGGACCCUGUGUUCCCCUCGGACAUCAAGAAGCUUGGCUACUUCAUCGACACCGAUGAUGAGAUUCACAAGAUCGGAGACCCCAGCUUCUACUUCAAGUACUUCCUUACCAAGAACGAGCGCGUCAACGACCGUCAACGUUUUCACUUCAAUGGCAAGUACCAUUGCAGUCCACUUCCUGCCAGCUUUACUAACCUGGUCACAGAGGCCAUCCGCGAUGUCGUCCACGAGCGCCUCGAGAAUCUCGGCAUGAGCAAGACGCUCCUUCCUCUGGGCACCCCGGCUACUUCUCCCCACGUGCCCAUCUUCACCAGCGCCAAUCUUUCCACUGCCUCCCGCGUCGUCGUCAUUUUCGGCGAGCCUUGCCAGGAUCUCGGCAAUGUGGCUCUUCGUGUCGCCAAUAGAUCUGGCGGAAUCAACAAGGGCAGCAUGGUCUCUAUCGUCCGGGAGCUACUCAAGCAGCGGUCCUCUGCCACCGAUGCUUCUCCUCCUGGAAUCAUUCUUGCCAACGCCGGCGAGCUGUGGUGGUGGCCCGAGGGACAGAAGCCUCUGAGCCCCGUCUCAGCCUGUGCUGUUCCGAUGGCAAGCAUGGUCCACCACGGCCGCGCUCACAACCCCAAGGUUCAUGCCAUCCCCAAGAACGAGCAUCCGCUGGCGCACAUUCAAUACGUCCUCGACGAGGCCGUUCCCGCCAUCACCGCUGCGACUGCCUCCCUCGACAUCAUUGGCGUCGGUCUGAGCGCUGACCACAUCAUGAAGGCCCUCGACAGCCCUGUCACCUUCGAUGCUAUCGGCAAGAGAACCAACACACUUUCGGUCAUCGGCUGCAGCACCAGCGCCGACGAGCUUUCCCACGAGCCCCUCAAGGAUCUCCUCGUCCGCCGCGGCCGAGCCUACAUUACGGAUGAGGCUGCCGCCAUGACGCCCGUUGCGAAGCCUGGUGGCAACCCCAACACGGCCUCCUUCACCCAACAUGGCUGCACUGUCUUCUCUUCUGGCGAGGUCUACUACAUUGAGUUGAUGUUCAUCACCAGCCGCGUCCCGAUUCUCGCCUGGCUUGAAGAAGUCGCCAAGGCAGGACCUGAUUACCGCCACCCUGAAAUCGUUCCCGUCAACCCGGCCAUGCCCACCGACGAGGAGUGGGCCGCGACCACAUCCAGCUUCGACAAAAUGUGGGAACAAAUGCCGGAGUAUGCGAAGCCCAGCAUCGGAUACGCUGUGCCAAAGGAGGUUGCCGAGCAAGCCAAGGCCCUCGAGGAGCUGGAGCUUCACAUGGAGGCCCAGGUCCAGAAGCAGCUCGGAACCAACAACGGCGACGGCGACGAGGAGCAGUUGUUGCAGAGAGCUGAACGCUAG